AAAGCGUCAAAUUAGUCUGGAAGAUCCGGGACGACUAUCGGUCAAAACCAUAGGGAAAGGAAAGGUUUACUUCACGCCUUUACCCUCCAUAAUCACUUAUAUCUUCAAAUUUCCAAAUACUGCCGAACGAUGUCAAUAGAAUAAGCUACACUCUUAGCCCUUCUUGAAUUGAGAAAUUCUGGAUUCUCUAGAUGAAGUAGUUACAGAAGGUUUGCAACGAACUGUUACAGCGUCUCGAAAUAUAUUUUCAUCAAAUUAGUAGCCUAAGAAUGGUUACGUACAGGGACGACGCCUGAUGCUCAUAUAACACCGUAUAUCUUAGCUACAUAAAAUGUGUGAGAAGCCUGAUGAGAAAGGGGUGCCGAUUCGGAUUUUGGUGGAGGGAUAAUUUCUUAUCGAUUAAAAGAUAUCAGGCAUCGUCCAUUGGCCGGGAUCCUCCAGGCACCCCCAAUUAGACAAUCUCUGGCAAACGGCGUUUGAGCUGCCCCGCAAUGUUGACAGGGAUGUCAAUUGCCCCUCCAUAACCAAGCCAUAAACAUUGCGCAUUCAAUUGUACAAGCUUCCAACCAAGCCUCUCUAUAAAUGCCCAAUGCGUUGACUCUAUUUCAUACUAGAAAUUCCUCGACAAGCAAGCUUUGAAUAAAUUCGUUAUUAUAUGAGAGUAUAUAAGAGGCUAGAUCAUUAAGCGGAAUGUCGAUAACCAUCGAAAAAAUACUUGCAGCUUCUCCAGUGACAACGAGGGGACAGCCGACUCACCUGUCAGCUGAUGCCAAAGGGGAAAGAAUAACUUAUGCUUCUGGAAAAUCGAUCUUCGUUCGAUCCAUCGACGAUCCUUCUAGUAGCAAGCAAUACACCGGCCACACAGCCCAAACUACUGUAGCCAAGUUCUCCCCAAGCGGAUUCUACAUCGCCAGCGGCGAUGUCUCAGGCUCGGUUCGUGUAUGGGACUCGAUAGAAGCUGAGAACACUAAAGGUGAAUAUCACAUUGUCUCGGGUCGCAUCAACGACAUUGCCUGGGAUGGUGAUUCACAACGCAUUAUCGCCGUUGGCGAUGGUCGCGAGCGGUUUGGACACGCCAUCACUGCAGAUAGCGGAAAUAGCGUAGGUGAGAUAUCCGGACACUCAAAAGUUAUCAACUCAGUUGCCGUAAGGCCGUUGAGACCCCUUCGAGCCGCAACUGUUAGCGACGAUAUGGCCAUGUGCUUUCUACAUGGUGCUCCGUUCAAAUUUAACUCGAAGUCUACUGGCCUUCAUAAGGGAUUUGUCUUGAGCACGGCCUUCUCGCCAGAUGGAGAGAAGCUUGUUACGGUAGGUGCGGACAAGCGAAUCCAACUGUACGAUGGGAAGACUGGUGAGCCGACAAAGUCUAUCGGCGAGGGCGAGCAUACCGGCAGUAUUUUCGCCGUCAGUUGGGCGAAAGACUCAAAGAGAUUCGUCACAGCUAGUGCCGACCAAACUGUCAAGCUAUGGGAUGUGGAGUCAGGAAAAGUCACACAGACAUGGAGAUUUGGAGGCGAUGGCGGCGUCAGCGUCCCAGACCAGCAAGUCGGCGUGGUAUGGCCACAUGGUCGCAGCGACGGUCUCAUCAUCAGUCUCAGCCUUGGUGGAGACCUAAGCUACCUUGUAGAAGGUAGCCCGCAGCCCAUCAAGGUUGUCCAGGGACACAAUAAAAGCAUCAUGGCCUUGGGAGAAGGGUCAGAUGGCAAGGGCCAAACUUUAUGGACUGGAAGCUUUGAUGGUCGGGUUACCAGAUGGGAUGUCACUUCUGGGGUGGGUACCGUUGUAGAUGGUCAGAGUCACACGAACCAAGUGACUGAAUUCGCCUCGAGUACCGGGCGAGCAUAUAGUGUUGGAUGGGACGAUACUCUACGUAUAGUCGACGAGUCCGCGAACACAUUUGCCGGAGAAUCUCUGAAGUUGUCAGCGCAGCCUAAAGGCGUUGCUUCCGCAGACGGACGCGUGUAUGUGGCAACAGUCGCCGGUGUCGAAAUCUACGUCAAGGAUCAACUUGCGGGCAAGUUUGAUAUCACCGACUCCCAACCAACAGCGAUCGCCGCUCACGGGUCCUUGGUAGCUGUGGGUCUCGGCAACAACGCUGUCCGGCUGUACAAAGCAGACUCGGGCAAUAAGUUGACACAGUCACACGAGGCCAAAAACUCGACGGCGCAGAUAUCGGCACUGGCGUUCUCAAAAGACGGCUCCUUUCUUGCCGCGGGUAACACGUCCGGUAAGAUAUGUGCGUACAAGACGAGCACCCUCGAGGUCGCGACGGAUCGUUGGUCGGCGCAUACGGGCCGCGUGACGAGCAUCGCGUGGAACGAAGCGGGCACGCACGCCGUCAGCGGGGCGCUUGACACAAAUGUGUUCGUGUGGAGUCUAGCGAAGCCGGGAAGCAGGGUCAAGGCGCUGAAUGCGCACAAGGACGGCGUCUACGGCGUGGCUUGGGUGGAUGGAGGGAAGAAGGUCGCUAGCACGGGUGGAGAUGCCGCCGUCAAGAUUUGGAACGUAGCGGGUUUGCAAUGAGCGAGCGCGAAGAGAUAGAGACAUGACGAUAUGAACUAGAGCCUAGUUAAGCCCGGCGCUUCUUUAGGGCCGUUGAUGAUGGCGAUGAAUAGAAAUAAGUAUAACUCAUUCGGGUUAAUAUUUAUAGGAGUCGC